AAUAAAACACAGAUUGAACUUUGUUUUAUUAAAAAAAGGCAAUCCAAAUUACUGCAAAGCAUUUUUAUUUUAAAAAAAGCUUGGAAUUUUGGGCUAUUCUAAAUUAUCAAUAUUCUAACAUCACCGAUCCUGUCACAGACUGUGAUUUAGGGGCCACCUUGUGGUUAAACGGUGUUGUGCCUGAAGCUUACAGUCACGACAGAGCUGAAAUGAACAUGCAACAUGAGAGAGAGAGAGAGAGAGAGAGAGAGAGAGAGAGAGAGAGAGAGAGAGAGAGAGAGAGAAGCAUCACAGUGGAUUAUGACCAUUUCGGAAGUGCUUCUUUCCCCCCUCCCGUGAUAAUAAAUAGGGACGUCUCUGUUCAGCCUAUCAGACUCUGGGAUGCAAAACGCAUCCAGAUAAAACGAACGCCAGUCUUUUCACUAAUCCUUGUCUAUCCUUUUUAUCUCGGGACUCACAGCAGUCUGAUCACUAUGAGACAGCGAAGCGGCGGGGGAUGAUAGUUCAGUGAAUGAAAGUGUUCUCUCUGACUUAGGCUGUAACAAACUGGGCGCAUGUAGGCAACCUGGUGCAUGCGUAAAAGUGGGCCAAAAUGUUCUCCGUCCUGGUGCUGCUGGGGCUCGGCGUGGCCACGUUUGAACUUUUCCCGCUAGUGAGCAGCUGCCCUUCCCAGUGCAGCUGUUUCUACCACAACCUGAGUGAUGGAUCCAAAGCCAGGAGUGUGAUAUGCAACGACCCUGAUAUAUCUCUUGUGCCUGUCGGGUUCCCGGUCGACACAUCCAAGCUGCGCAUCGAGAAGACGUCCAUCCAGCAGAUUCCAAGCGAAGCCUUCAUCUACCUCUCCAGUCUGGAGUUCCUGUGGAUGUCCUUCAACACGCUGUCCGCUCUGAGCCCAGACAGUUUCCGGGGGUUGUUCAACCUGGAGGAGCUUCGUCUGGACGGGAAUGCCCUCACUGCCUUUCCCUGGGAGUCUCUGGUGGAUAUGCCCAGCCUCAGGCUCCUUGAUUUGCACAACAACCAGCUCACCUCGCUGCCCGCCGAGGCCACGAUUUACAUCAAGAACCUCACCUACCUGGAUCUGUCCAGCAACAGCCUGCUGACCCUGCCGACAGAGGUGCUGUCCACUUGGCUGGCUGCGAAACCCACACAGGGACCUGAAAGCUCCAAGAUGAUCCUGGGUCUCCACGACAACCCCUGGGCGUGUGACUGCCGGCUGUAUGACCUGGUCCAGUUCCAGAAGACCCCCACUCUCUCCGUGGCUUUCAUCGACACGAGACUCCGCUGUUCAGCCCCUGAGAGUUUGUCAGGAGUGUUGUUCAGCGACGCAGAGCUGCGGCAGUGUCAGCUCCCGCGAAUCCACACUGCGGUGGCGCGGGUCCGGAGCGCGGUUGGGAACAAUGUGCUGCUCCGCUGUGGGACCAUCGGAGUCCCCAUCCCUGAUCUGACAUGGCGCAGGGCGGAUGGACAGAACCUUAAUGGAACAGUUCAGCAGGAAACAUCUAAGGAGGGAAUCACCUGGUCCAUCCUCAGUGUCCCGGCUGUGUCGCAACGUGAUUCAGGGAAAUUCAUCUGCAAGGCGACAAACUACGCCGGGAAUGCCGAGGCUGUCAUUUCUCUCAUGGUCUCUAACUUACCGAAACCAGAGGGAAACCAGACCAACACAGACAAAAAAGCGAAAGCCAAGAAGCAGAACCAAAUGGGCAAAGCUGCCUACCAGGAGAAACUGGUGGCCAGAUAUGUAGUUCAAACCUCCACCCCUUCGUCCGUGCCUGUCACGGAUGCUGACCUCAUACCCCGUCUUGAUUCCGAUCCUGGACUUGUUGGCUACAAUUCAACAUACAGAGCCACCCAAGAGCCAGGAACGUCUUCGAACUCUGACUCCCUGCUGGAUCUGGAGAAGACAAAUCUGAGUAACCUAUCCGCCAACGCGUCGUCACUCCAGCAGGACCCUGACAGGGUGGUCCGCUCGGUGAAGGUGGUGGGAGACACAGACAACACGAUCUCUCUGAACUGGAGAGCUCCGAAAGCCAAGAACACAACGGCGUUCAGUGUGUUGUAUGCCGUGUUUGGAGAGAGGGACAUGAGGAAGAUCAACGUCGGGGCAGGGCAGACCCGGGUUACGAUCGAUGGGUUGGUGCCCAGGACCAAGUACAUUGCCUGUGUGUGUGUGAAGGGGCUGAUCCCCAAGAAAGAACAGUGUGUGAUAUUUUCCACCGACGAAGCAGCGAGUGCUACCGGCACCCAGAGGCUGAUUAACGUGAUCGUGAUCACCGUGGCUUGUGUCAUCGCAGUCCCGCUCACUGUCAUCGUCUGCUGCGGGGCCCUGAAGAGGCGCAUUAAAAAGUACUGGGGAAAGAAAUCAAAGGACAUCCAAGAUUCAUAUGUAACCUUUGAGACCCUUUCCCCUGGCACCAAAGCCAAAGGGCUGGAGGGCGAGUAUUUAAACAGAUUGAACCCAGAGGAGUCCAACAGGCUGCUGUCAGCCCGCUCCAGCCUGGACUCCGAGUCCACAGCGAAGAUAGAGGGACAGCCUAAUGAGUACUUCUGCUGACAUCAUGCUCCAGCUCCGGCUCCCGCUCCCCGUCAUCUUCCUCAUGCACACCCACACCCCAGUUCAAACCUCAACACCCAUCCACAUCCCCAUCAUCGCCCUCAUCUCCACCCACAUCCGUAUCCCCAUCACUACCAACACUCUCCCCCUACAGAACAUCCUGAUGUCCACCGCCCUCCCCUUCACUCCCAUACAGCCACACCAUGGGAUUCCCCUCCACCGGUUCCUCCUCGCUGGAUAACACCACCUACUCCACCACCACAGAGAGCCAACUUCUAUCAAAGGACCUUUGCUCGCUGCACUAUAAUGGAAAUAUCAGUUUGAAAAAUCAUUUUAACUCCAGAUAAAUCUCUUGUGAACUGUUGUGCACACACACUCAUCCAGGAAAAGUAAGACUUGCUUUUAUGUGUGAAAGAAUGUUUUUUAAUCACAAUGCCUGUACGAAAAAAAGAGUCAAAUUAUAGCAAAAACAGUAAAUGGAUUUUUGAUCCCAGCAGAAACAAACCCAACCUUUUCAAUCCAACUUGACUCAAAGGGAACUCAGUGGUAAAUAUUUCAUUGUUUCUUUGUAUGUGUAUGAUUUGUACAUAUUUCUUGGAUGAUGCACACUUACAUAAACAGUUAAUCCUGUGCCUCUGUAUAUAUCUGUCAUAAGUUCACAGAGAAGAUAUACACACAGGCAUGGUUCAACACUGCUGAACGGAGAGAAGCUGGAGCUGGAAAGAAGUACAGAAAGGGACUGAACUAUGACACUGUGUACAUAGAGUAGAAAAGACCAAGUGAAAUGAAAAGUUAGAUAUUUUUAUUCCCAGAAAAAACAAACAAACAAAACAAAAUAGUGAGAUACCCACUUUAUGCUGAAUGGAGGCACAAUCAUUUUAUGUAUAUCUGUUUCUUCCAACCAAAUUUGAAUAAAUAAACUUUUACAUCAAUUUAA